CAGCGGAAAAACCUUCCAAGAAACAUAACACAGCGUAUUAUAUAAAACCCUCUUUUUUUUUUGACCUUAUCGAUUACUCCAUCUAAUCGAAGAUCAAACUCAUGCUAACAUUUUAAUCGUAUGAGACAAAAACUUCCAAAUUUUCAUCAAAAUCAUUCAUUCAUUCAAUCAAUUUGUUCUCUUUAUCUUACAAACGUAGAUGUCGCCGGAAAUCAGUAGCUGAUCUUCUUUAGUUCAAAUCGAAGCUACAAGAUUAGGGUUUUUUUGUUUUGCUGUUUUAACUUGCUGGAUGAUGGCUCAAUCUUCGUACAGAGUUCGAUCGGUUGGGGAUUACGUUGUCGGUAAACAGCUCGGGUCGGGUUCAUUUUCUGUAGUCUGGCACGCGAGGCAUAAGGUCCAUGGAACCGAAGUUGCUAUCAAGGAAAUUCUCACCGGAAAAUUGAACAAAAAAUUGGAAGAGAGUCUCAUGUCUGAGAUUGAUAUCUUGAGUAAUAUUAACCAUCCUAAUAUUAUUCGACUGCACGAGAUGAUCAAGGAGCCCGGAAAGAUACAUCUUGUGCUUGAAUACUGCAAAGGAGGUGAUCUAUCUAUGUUUAUCCAAAGACGUCAAGGUAGAAUUCCCAAAUCAACAUCCUUGCAUCUUAUGCAGCAAUUAGCUGCUGGUUUGAAAGUCCUUCGUGAUAAUCAAAUUAUCCAUAGAGAUCUAAAGCCACAGAAUCUCUUACUCUCUUCAAAUGAAGACAAUUCAACAUUGAAGAUUGCAGAUUUUGGCUUUGCAAGGUCUUUGCAACCUAGAGGCCUUGCAGAAACCUUAUGUGGCUCACCACUUUAUAUGGCACCAGAAAUAAUGCAACUUCAUAAGUAUGAUGCCAAGGCUGAUCUAUGGAGUGUUGGUGCCAUUCUAUUUCAACUUGUAACUGGGAGAACACCAUUUACAGGAAACAAUCAAAUUCAGUUGCUUCAAAAUAUCAUGAAAUCAACAGAAUUGCAAUUUCCUCCAGAUGUAAAGGACUUAAGUCCCGAGUGUGUUGACCUCUGUCGAAAAUUACUGCGACAAAAUCCAGUGGAAAGAUUGACUUUUGAGGAGUUCUUUACACACCCAUUUUUCACCCAAUCAAAACCUGAUGAAAUCUCAAGGAAGCCACGAAGAAUGACAGAUGGGUUUUCUUACCCUAAAAGCCCAGCUUAUAAGAACAAAGAAGAAAAUUCACAAGAAGACAAUUUACCAUUUACUCUAGAUGAUGAAUCCAAUGGUCCUGAUAUGGUACGAAGGUCACCUUUAAGAUCUACAUAUGGGUUUUCUUUAGAUAAUGAAGUUAAUAGAACAAACUUUUCAAAAGACAUGGAGAUUUCUUCAAGGUAUAGUAGCAUCAGACACAAACAAGAAAAUAAUGGAUUUGGACAUGGAAAUCGUAAAUCAUCAGAAGGGAAUCUGAAAGAAUCUUUGACAUCAAUCGAUCCCAGACCCGUAAAUAUCCGUUCCAAAGUUGUGGAUUCAUUGGAGUUGAUUGAUCAAGAUUAUGUUUUGGUAUCUGGUCCACUAGGGGAUACUUCAUCUGUAGCAAGUGUUAGUAAAGUGAGCCAAAAAACAUUUAAAUCAGGAAGCCCACCUGUACAUUCUAGGGUGAACAUUCAUUCAACACCUAGUGCACCUUUGCCCAUUAUUGGUGGGACCUCUAGUAAAAUCCGGUUGACCGGGAGCUUUGAAAGUCAAUGCUCUGCACCCUCUGGGACAUCACAUGGAUCGGUUGAUAUAAUUGAUGCUUUAGAACAACCAUCAACUGACAGCAUGGCAAGAAUCAAGUCAUUGCAUGAUUGUGCUUCUGCUAUCUCUGACUUGGUCAAUGAGAAGAUUGAGUCUGGGAAUCGACUUGAGGCGUUUUCAAUUCAGCUUGUGAUUCUUGCUAUAUGGAAGCAAGCACUGGAUAUCUGUCACACACAGGCUGCUUCAGCUAUUAAAGGAAGUCCAAGCCUAGAUAUUUCAACUUCUAACAAGACCUCAAAAAGGGAACAAGAUAAUACUGAUAUUAAUGAAUGUCUGGAAAAUGCAAAGUCUCCAGAGGAUGUUUGUUCUCAUAUUGAGAGAAUAUUUCUUGGUGAAGUUGAAACUGCUGAGGAACUUACCAAAGUUAUAGAGCCUGGAAAUGUUGGGAUGCCGGAUGCAAUGGAAACAAUAUUUCAGGCUGCCCUUAAUUUUGGAAGACACGGGGCAGUGGAUGAAUACAUGGGGUUUGCUGAAAAUGCGGCCGUGUUUUAUUCAAAAGCGGUCCGUUUGUUGAGUUUUCUUCUAGUGGAAGCACCUUCACUGAUUCUUAAUCCUCCAUUUUCUAUCACAAAUUCGGAUCGAUAUAGGCUUAGAACGUAUAUUGAUGUUAUUAACAACAGACAAAGCCAUUCAAGAUCUCAAAGAAUGACACUUCUCAAGGGUGGAGGUGGUGGUGAUGAUCAACAUUCUUCAGCUUGAAAUGAAAUGAAAUGAAAUAUGCAGUUGAUAUAUUUUUAUUUAGAGAGGAAGGAGCAUGAAUUGUAAAAUUCUUUGUUGUACAGCUAUUCUUUAUGUGAUUGGGAUCUGAUUGUGAUGGUUGUGAAUUGUGAAUAUUCAACAUUUAUGUAAUUUUUAGACUGAUA